AAAGCUUCAAAUUUAAAAAAAUUAAAAUAGAGAUGCCUGAAAAAUUAUGCGGAGACCGGGAAGAAAAGCAGACUUAUGCAGAGGGGCAACAUAUUCAUGUCGUUUACAAUUAUUCAGCCAUGUAACUCUUAAACAUUACAGUGGAGAUACACCUUUGUUUAUUUAUCUUACAGGCUGAUGUCCUUAUUUUUCCCUUCAAUUUUGAGCUUCUCUGUGGACUGCGAGAGAAUCGCACACUCAUCUUUCGGUUGUAAUUGAUUUGAUUCGGUUAUAGUUGCAAUGAUAGUGCUAAAUCGGCAGCUGGCGACGUAAUUUGUGAAGAGAUUAAUUUCGUCAGUAUGGAUAGAUUUCGAAAGCAAGAGCAUCAGGUCUCACUAAGGGGGGCAAGUGCAAAAGAGAUAACUCGAGAUGCUUUAUUGGAGAAAGUGAUGCAUGAAAGAGAACUGCGAAAUCAUGCAAAAAGAGCUACUGCUGCAGCUUUGUUUAUUCAGAGAGUUUGGAGGGCGCAUUAUGCUGCUAAAUGCAUAGCAGAAAAGUUUCGGACAGAAUGGGAUGCAUUUGUAGCUCAGUUUGAUGAUGUUCCUUUAAGUGCAGAAUUGAUAUCAAAAGAUAUUGUAAGGCCUUUCCUUUUCUUCAUGUCUGGGCCCCUGAAACUGUGUCAUCAGGUACAAGGAACUGAUGAUGAUCAGCGAAUGGUCAAAUGCUUCAGAAUACUUUUGCAAAGCAUCAGCUGUCCCAAUGCAGAGCAAAAUUUUUGCUCCUUGGCAUUUAAUUCGGUGGAAGAGCAUGCAGGAUGGUUCUUUCAAGCUUGUAAAUUACUCUCAAUUUGUUUCUUUACUCUGACCAAGGAUGCUGGUGGUGCAGCAUCUGUAGUUAUUGCACUAGCAACACGUUUGAUGGUUUCCCUAACUGAUGUGAAUACAUGGAACCACUUUGUCAAAGACCACAAAGGAGAUGGGAGCCUUGUGGCAUGGAAGCUUAUAAAUUGGAUAUCAAUUGGAAAUGCUAGUCUUUAUUCUUCAGUUCGUCAGUACAUGAUGAAACAUAAUAGUCCACUCACUGGGAAGUACAAGUCUGUGGGUGAGAUGGAUGAAAGCUUCAUUAUAACUGCAAGUGCUAUAACAAUGGUCCUGCGACCUUUUUGUGCACUAAAACCAGAAGAUUUUAAAAAUAUCCACUCUGCAUCAAAUCAGUCAGAUUAUCCUGAGAGUUAUAAUGCUGGAAUAAAAGGUGCAGCAGAACAAUUUUGUGUGUAUAUACUUACAAUCCCUCAUCUCACACAACGACUUCCUGCUGUACUGAUGCCUGCUCUUCAACACACAGUGACUUUCUCACAUUUUUUGAAGACAUUGGUGAUUUCAAAGGAAGUUAUCUUCCCAGCAAUAUCAAAUUUGGAUCAACUAAAUCUAACAGGGACUCCAAGUUCUGUAUGGGCUCUGGUCAAUAUUGUUAGUUUGGCAUCAGUUUCUGACGAGAGCUCUGAGUACUCUGGACAUCUCGUGAAGGGCUUGGAUUGUAGUGAAUAUGUGUUUGCUCUUUGUAGCAUUUUAGAGGAUUUGAUGCCAUGGAUUGAGAACAACAGGCAAAUAAAACGAAAAAUGGCUGAGGAUGAAGAAACAUUUGAUGAAAACCAUGUUUCAGCUGCUGUCAAGCACUAUUCUUCAAGUAAUGCAAACAAUGAGGAUGGACUUACAGACAUGAAUUUGUCAUUUAUAGAGUUUCUGAGGCCGCUCUAUCAGCAGUGGCAUCUGCAACUGCUCCUAAAUACAAUUAAAAAGGACAGUUUUCCUAUGCAUGUAACACAACAUAAUGACAUGUGGAGUCAAGAAGGCAUGAAGAGGAAAUUGGAACUGCAAGAUGUUGCCCAGCUGUAUUCAUACCUUAUUGCGAUGUUUUCUGCUUUCAAUUCAUCUGCUGGACCUUUGCCCAUCCUUAAUUUAUUAGCCUUUACUCAGGGAUUUUUGUCACAACUGUGGGAAUGGCUGCAGCAGUAUCUAUCUCUCAAUAAAGCAAGUCAUUCAAAAGUUCACAAGCACGCACAAACCAGUACAAAUUCUGGUGGUAAUCAAAUUCAGGGUACACAGGGCAGAAAGGAAGAAAGUUUGGUUAGAAAUGUAAGCAGCAAGUGGGCCUCUGCUUUUUUAAGAAUGAAAGGAAGGUCUUCAAAUGAAGAUAACACCAGUGACAUGGGUAAAGAUGUCUCUAUUCAGCAGUGUACUGAUAAGGAUAAUGUAUGCCAAGUAUGGGACUUGGAACCUAUGAAGAGAGGUCCUCAGGGCAUUCCAAAAAAUACUUCUACAAUGUUGCUUUUAUUUUGUGCAACAUAUGCUCACUUGCUAAUGGUUCUCGACGAUGAAGAGUUCUAUGAGAAACAGGUUCCUUUUACACUUGAACAACAAAAAACAAUUGCAGCUAUGCUUAAUACAAUGGUUUAUAAUGGGUUUUUGAGUAAUGCUGGGAACCAUAGCAAUCCUUUGAUGGAGGCUGCUGUUAGAUGCCUGCAUUUCUUGUAUGAAAGAGAUUGCAGACGUAGUUUCUGCCCCCCUUCUUUGUGGCUUGCCCCUGCUGUCAAAUAUCGCCCUCCUGUUGCAGCAGCAGCCAGGGCACAUGAAGCUGUGGCGACAUCCUUGAAGUUGGGAGGUUCAUCGGUGGCUCCAUUGAUGGGUUCUUUGGUUGUGACUGUUCCACACGUGUUUCCAUUUGAAGAGAGGGUUCAGAUGUUCCGUGAGUUUGUUAAGGCAGAUAAAGCAUCUCGAAGAAUGAUGGGCGAGGUUGCUGGACCUGGACCAGGAUCUAUUGAAAUAGCAGUGCGUCGAGACCACAUAGUGGAGGAUGGAUUUAACCAGUUAAAUUUGCUCGGGUCAAAACUAAAAUCUUGUAUUAAUGUUUCUUUUGUCAACGAGUGUGGCCUCCCAGAGGCAGGAUUGGAUUAUGGAGGUCUGUUCAAGGAAUUUUUGACAGAUUUGGCAAAGGCAGCUUUUGAUCCGCGUUAUGGGCUUUUCUUGCAAACUUUAACGGAUGAGAGAUUGCUUUUUCCACAUCCACCAGCCCGACUCCUUGGAAAUGGAGUGCAAAUGAUUGAGUUUCUUGGAAGAGUUGUAGGUAAAGCUUUAUAUGAAGGCAUUUUACUGGAUUAUUGUUUCUCUCAUGUUUUUGUGCGAAAGCUACUUGGUCGAUAUAGCUUCCUUGAUGAGCUUUCUGGUCUUGAUCCUGAGCUGCACCGGAAUCUUAUGUACCUGAAGCAUUAUGAAGGGGAUGUCAAAGACCUUGCUUUAGAUUUUACUGUAAUGGAGGAUAUUUUUGGAAAACGAGUUGUGAUUGAGCUUAGACCAGGUGGUUCAAAUAUGCCAGUUACAAUUGAGAAUAGAUUGCAGUACAUCCAUGCAAUGGCAGACUAUAAACUUAAUCGGCAGAUCCAGCCAUUGAUAAAUGCAUUUUAUAGAGGAUUGUCAGAUCUUAUAUCACCUUCUUGGCUAUGCUUAUUCAAUGCACAGGAGUUCAACCAGCUGCUUUCUGGAGGAGAGCACGAUUUUGAUGUUGAUGAUUUGAAAAGCAAUACUAGGUAUUCAGGUGGCUAUUCUGAGAGCAGUCGAACUGUGAAAUUAUUUUGGGAGGUGGUCAAAGGAUUAGAACCAGGAGAGCGUUCCAUACUUUUGAAGUUUGUGACAAGCUGCUCCCGUGCCCCACUAUUAGGUUUCAAGCAUCUACAACCGCCAUUCACCAUCCAUAAGGUUGUAUGUGAUACACCAGUUUGGGCAAUGAUUGGAGGACAGGAUGUGGAACGACUUCCAUCUGCCUCAACUUGUUAUAAUACAUUAAAGCUUCCAACAUAUAAACGGCUAAGCACGUUAAGAAACAAGCUAUUGUAUGCCAUUCAAGCAAAUGCAGGAUUUGAGCUUUCUUAACCAAGGAACAAGAUCUUCAUUUGGCUUUCUGCCAUGUUAUACUGAUUUUCCCAUAAUGACUCAUUGUACUGGAAAUUGAUACUAUUUAAACAAUCUUAUUCAAUGCUUUCCACCUAGCAAUUGAUUUGUACAGGAUUGCGUUAUGAUCUAAUGAUUGGUGCCCUCCACAUGUCAUUUUGUAUAUUUUGUUUGUAAUAUGUCUUUUUGCCCACAUGCCACACUUAUAAUGGAUGUAUCAUGCAUCUAUUGUUCUUGCAAACUGUUAUACUGUCCGUGAUGGCUACUUAUGGUGUUUUUGACUGAUUUAGAGUUGAGUGUAUAGGAUUACUUAAAAAAAUGUUUAAUUUGACUAUAUUAAGUGAAGCAGUAUAUAUGA